AUGAGGCCAAUGGAUUUCAGUGUACCUGUUCUAUCCAGCUCUCCGCGAUCCCGAAACCUCAUCAGCUGUUUAGUUCACUGGGGCGUAGAGCUGGGCAGAGCCUUCCACCUGCCGACCGUUGAAACAUCGACCAUCCACCACUCGCUCUUCGUGCUUGUGCGCGCAGUCGCAAUCCGGUUGUUUCGAGAGGAGUUGCAGGAGAUCCGGAGAGAGAUCCGUGAGUUCCGGGGCGAGUUUCUCGAACUUCGGGCCUCAUUGCCGCCGAUAACUGCGAGGAUGGACGACAUCGACCGCCGGCUGGACAACGUCGAGGAAAGAAUGGCUACCAAUGUCAACGACAGUGCCGUAAAGGUGUUGGAGGAAGCGGUGGCCAAUCUUCAGCUCGAGUUGCACAACAGAGACCAAGAGCGUCUCGACAACGAUGUGCUGAUUACGAACGUCGUUGAGGGAGCCGGUGAAAGUGUGUUGCACAUCGUCGCGACGAUCGGUACCAAGCUCGGUGUGAAGCUGGAUGAGCGGGACAUCGUCUGCGCUGAGCGUCUGGGUGUGCGGCGUGAGGGCGGUCGGCCAAGACCCAUAGUAGUGCGUCUGGCUCGGCGGGUGACCCGUAGCGAGUUGUUGCGGGCGGCGCGCGUGCGCCGGGGGGCCACCACGGCCGACUGUGGGCUUGCGGGCGAAGCACGCCCGUUCUACGUCAAUGAGCGGCUCACGCGCCGAAACCAGGAGCUCUUCCAAAAAGUCCGAGACCGAUGCCGGCUUGCCUCGUGGAGGUUCGUAUGGACCCGGGACGGGCGUAUCUUUGUUCGACGUGCUGAGGGCGAACACUCGCACCGCGUACGCCGGGAGACUGACAUACAAAAUAUUUUUCGCGAACAGGUUGUUGGUGUUCAGAAUGUGCAAUAA